CUGAGAGAGACUCAACAACAACAGCAAGACUGCAGGAUCAGAGAGAAUCAUGAUGUACAUUUUGCUGAGUUUAGCCGUCGGCUUGGUGAUGCUACCUUACAUCAAUGCAAAAUGCUGUUCAGGGGAGUGCAUUGGCGAAUUCUUGGUUUCUGGACCAAAUGGUGUUCCAGACUCUAAUUUGACUGCAUCAAGUGUAUUGGACAUUUAUCAUCAGCCAUAUAGAGCAAGACUUGGCACACCAGAUAAUAGUUUUCCUGAGGAAAGAGGGGCCUGGGUUCCUUUACAACAAAAUACUGAACAGUGGAUUCAGGUAGACUUUGGUUCUGUGAAGAGAGUCAGUGGAGUUGUCACACAAGGGAGAGAAGAACUUAAUUCUCUUCAAUGGGUUACAGAAUUCAGAAUACUCUACAGAGAGAAUGAUGAACCAUUCAGAGCUGUAACAAAGAAUGGAAUUGAGACAUUUCCAGGAAACGAUGAUAAAGUCACCCCUGUACUCAACAUGUUCAAAAGUGUGAAGGCAAGAUUUAUACGAAUCAACCCCACAGCUUGGUUCUAUAUUGCAUUGAGAUUUGACGUCAUAGGCUGUGAAAUAUAAUCAAAGAAGCAGUUACCUUAUAUACAUUUGUGAUGUCAUUUUGAUUAAAUUCCCCAAGAACUAAAAUGAGGACAUUUGGUAUUGGUAAUGGUUUUCUAAAUAAAAGAAAAGAAAAUCAAAGUAUGCAACAGAUUGUUGCAAUAAAUUUUUGCGGGAACUGACAUAUGCAGUAGGAGAAUACAAUGCAUUCUUGACAAUACCAUAAUAGGGACACAAAAAUUGGAGAGCAUUUCUCCUUCAAAAUUGUAAUAAAAAUGUAAAUACUGUAAUGAAACAUCAAAGACAAAUACAUGAAGGCUUAA